AUGACCGAAGCACGCGAUGUCUCAAACCACCUUCUCUUCGAGGUUGCGACCGAGGUAGCGAAUCGAGUUGGUGGUAUCUACUCGGUCCUGAAGUCGAAAGCUCAGGUGACAACGGCCGAAUAUGGCUCCGCAUACACACUGCUCGGUCCGCUCAAUAGAAAUUCGGCCGCAGUCGAGGUCGAGGAAUUGGAGCCGAAGGACCCGGCCAUGGUAGCCACCAUCAAGUCUAUGAAUGAGCGGGGCAUUAAGACGCUGUACGGUCGAUGGCUGAUUGAUGGCGCGCCACGCGUGCUGCUUUUCGACACGAGCACUGGCUAUGGAUACCUUGACGAGUGGAAAGGCGACCUGUGGUCCUCUGCUGGUAUUCCGUCACCGCCCGGCGACUCCGAGACCAACGAAGCUAUUGUCUUUGGCUAUGUGAUUGCAUGGUUCUUGGGCGAGUAUGUCUACCACGAGAAGAAACGCGCUGUCAUUGUACAGUUCCACGAGUGGCUCGCUGGUGUCGCGCUUCCUUUGUGCAAGAAGCGACGCAUAGACGUCACCACCAUCUUCACCACCCACGCUACUCUGCUGGGCCGCUAUCUUUGCGCUGGUUCCGUUGAUUUCUACAACAACCUACAAUUCUUCGAUGUGGAUGCUGAAGCUGGAAAGCGUGGAAUCUACCACCGCUACUGCAUAGAACGCGCAGCUACACACGCCGCCGAUGUAUUUACUACCGUCUCACACAUCACUGCGUACGAGAGCGAACAUCUUCUGAAGCGCAAACCGGACGGUGUAUUGCCUAAUGGCCUAAACGUGAAGAAGUUCUCAGCCACACACGAGUUCCAGAACUUGCACCAGCAGGCGAAAGAGAAAAUCAAUGAUUUUGUCCGAGGUCACUUCUACGGGCACAAUGACUUUGAUCCGGAGAAUACCCUCUACUUCUUCACUGCUGGUCGUUACGAGUACCGUAAUAAGGGUGUGGAUAUGUUCAUCGAGUCUUUGGCGCGACUGAACCACCGAAUGAAGAGCGCCGGAUCCAACAUGACUGUGGUAGCCUUCAUUAUCCUACCCGCACAGACACAGUCCUUGACCGUUGAAGCGCUCAAGGGACAGGCUGUGAUCAAAUCGUUGCACGACACCAUCAAGACGAUUGAGCAGAACGUGGGCAAGAAAUUGUUCGAACGUUCUCUCACUUGGUCUGAUGGCCAGGACAUGCCUGACGAGAAAGACUUGCUCUCCGCUUCGGACAAGAUUUUGCUCCGUCGCCGGCUCUUCGCGAUGAAGAGAAACAACUUGCCACCGAUCGUAACGCACAACAUGGUCAACGAUGCUGAGGACCCAGUCUUGAACCAGCUUCGCCGCUGCCAGCUGUUCAACCACCCGUCGGAUCGUGUCAAGGUCGUCUUCCACCCUGAGUUCCUAAAUUCCGCGAACCCUGUACUUCCUCUCGACUAUGACGACUUCGUUCGAGGAACCCACUUGGGCGUCUUUUCGUCGUACUACGAACCAUGGGGCUACACGCCCGCAGAGUGCACUGUCAUGGGCGUACCCAGCAUCACUACCAACUUGUCCGGUUUUGGUUGCUACAUGGAGGAGUUGAUCGAGAACGCUGCCGACUACGGUAUUUAUAUUGUAGAUCGCCGUACGAAGGGUGUUGAUGAUUCAGUCAAUCAGCUUGUGGACUACAUGCAUGAGUUCACGAAGAAGAGCAAGCGACAGCGCAUCAACCAGCGUAACCGGACUGAGCGUCUCAGCGACCUGCUCGACUGGAAGCGGAUGGGCAUGGAAUACGUCAAAGCGCGCCAACUUGCCCUGCGACGAGCCUACCCAGCGGCAUACGAAGAGGACGAGGAGCCCGACUUCUUCGGCUCGCACGAGGUCAAGGUCUCGCGGCCGCUGUCAGAGCCUGGAUCGCCCCGCGACCGGUCCGGGAUGAUGACGCCUGGUGAUUUCGCAUCGCUGCAGGAAGGAAGGGAAGGAUUAAGCACCGAGGACUACAUAGCAUGGAAGCUCCCGGAGGAGGAGGACCCCGAUGACUAUCCCUUCCCGCUCACUCUCAAAACCAAGAAGUCCACAGGAUCCGGCGCCGUUUCACCAGCACUGAACGGUACUGACGGUGCUUCCGAUGCACAGGCAACAUCUUCUAUGGCCGGAAUACCAGGGCCUCAAACCACAACGAGGAUAUAG